GUAAUCGAGGAUCAACUAUUUCUAUAACCGCUUAAAAUGUCUGCUGAAGCCGAAGCAAUCGUCACAACAGCCGCGCCAUAUGUCAUCACCAGCAAGACAGUGGCCGUGGAGCCCGUGGCUGCUGAUACAACGCCGGACCCCGUUCCGCGGUUCCACCGAGGGAACCGGAAAGAGCGAACAGAACGUGCUGAGAAAAUACUGAAAGGCAAGGAGUUGUUCAGCCAGGGAUCGCGAAACUUCCUGGUGAAGAGCUACGAUGAGGCGGCCGGACUGAGCCAGGUGUGUCAGCUGUACGAGGAAGUCUACGGAGAGCUGGCCGAUGAGCUGGGACAGCCCUUGUUGCUCUAUGCAAAGGCUCUGAUUGCCAUGGCCCUGGAUGAGAACAAAGUGAUCGACGUGCCUGAUGAGGCUGCCGAUGAUGAUGACGAAGACAUGGACGACGAUGAAGAAGAAAGUCCAGAGGAUGGGAGGUUAAGCAGGAGGAAGAAGGAGGAGAAAAAAGAGAGCAAGGAGGACGCCAAUGGAGCGAGCAGCACAAACGAAGAGCUGGAGACCAUUAAGGAGGGAUCCGAUGAGGCCGACUCUACCGGGGAAGCCGAGCAGGCUCAGGCCGAUGAAAAUAAGUCCAAGAAGGCUCCCACUGGCGUGGAUGAGGUUAGCAGCAGCAAUGGAGGUGGAGCAACUGCUGUCAACGAUGACGAGCGACCGAGCACAUCGAAUGGUGAAGUCACAGCUAGUUGCUCAAACGGAGCAGGAGCCACGGGUGAGGAGGAGCCAGGAGAGGAGGGAGUUAGCGGAAGUCUGCAGUUGGCCUGGGAGAUCCUGGAGGCGGCUGCUCAGAUCUUCACGCGCCAGGGUCUCAGUGGACUCCCAUACUUAGCCGAGGUUCAGACAGAGCUGGCCAACAUUGAGUUUGAAAACGGCAUACUCGAGACAGCACGCGAGGAUUAUGAGAAAGCCUUGAAAAUCCAUGCCGAUUUGCCCACAAAGAACCGACGGGCUUUGGCCGAGUUGCACUACAAGAUCGGGCUGACCUAUCUGAUGCAGCAACUAAACAAGGAGGGGGCCACAGCCCUUCGACAAUCAAGCACAUUAAUCGAGGAGGAAAUCGCAGAGAUCAAGGAAGACGAGCCUAACGAGCGCGACAGGAACAAUAUGCUGGAUCUGGAGGAGACCAAGCAGGAGAUUUUGGCCAAGAUUCAGGUUGAAGAGAUGCAGGCACAGACCAUUGCUGAGGUGCGAGCUGCCCUGGAUAGCUAUAUCAAGCCAAUGAGCAGUGGCGAUGCAGCUGCAGCCUCCUCCUCGUCUUCGUCGUCAGCCAAUGGUGCCAGCUCCUCCUCGUCGUCCUCCAAAGUAGCAUCGGCCUCGGCCUCUUCGUCGGCCAUCAGCAGCAGUUCCGCCAAGCCCACUGACAUCACACACUUGAUCAAGCGCAAGAAGCCCGAGGAGCCCAGCUCGGAGGCCGAGGCCCUAUGCUCGCCGGCCAAGCGGGCCGCUGUCUAGGGGGACAUUCCAGUUGCCCAGUGGCACACCCAUUCACAACCAUGCCCACAACACACACCACACACAUCAGCUACUUAAACCCACUCACAUGCAUUCAACACCAUUCAACUGUCCUAUUCCUCGAUCCUAUUUAUGCUAUUUGUUUGCUGUUUUCUACCAAAAUUCUCUGUAAGUCUGUAAGUUUACAAUCACAAUUAGUGCUAAGUGCGAACAUAAAAUAAUGUUUUGUAUUAAACAAAAAAAUCGAAGAAGGAAGGCAAAAAGUGUAAACAAUAAAUACGGGAUAUUUCCCCAAGAAAGUUA